AUGGGUAUCUCGCGCGAUUCGUGGCAUAAGCGCUAUAAGACUGGUGCCACUCGCCCAAUUCCACACAAGAAAAGAAAGUACGAGCUCGGUCGUCAGCCUGCUAACACUAAGAUCGGACCAAAGAGGAUCCGUGUCAUCCGUGUACGAGGUGGAAACACAAAGAUUCGUGCGCUGCGCCUUGAUGCUGGAAACUAUUCAUGGGCUUCUGAACAAACUACUCGCAAGACUCGUAUCAUUGACACCGUAUAUAACUCCACAAAUAACGAGUUGGUUCGUACCAAGACUCUUGUAAAGGGAACCGUCAUCACCGUCGAUGCUGCUCCAUUCCGUCAGUGGUAUGAGGCUCACUAUGCCCUGCCUCUUGCGAGGAAGAAGAACCAGAAGCUCUCUGAGGAAGAUAACGCUAUUAUCAACAAGAAGAGGUCCGCGACCUGCCAAGCCAAGUACACUGAACGUCAAAAGACCGCAGCUGUAGAUCCGCUGCUAUUGGAACAGUUUGCUACAGGACGUCUCCUCGCUCGAAUCUCCUCAAGUCCGGGACAAGUUGGUCGCGCUGAUGGGUAUAUCCUUGAGGGUAAAGAGUUGGAGUUCUACCUUCGUAAGAUCCGAGCAAAGAAGGCGAAGUAA